AUAAGGCUGUGGGACCGGAUGUUUGGAGGCGGUGAGCGCGGAGCUGGAGAUGCGCAGCGGCCGCAGAGAGAAAUUGUGAAACAUGGCAGAUGGAAAUGAAGACAUGAAUGAGGACCUGCAAGCAGAGGAGGAGGAGGAGGAGGAAGAAGAGAAUGAUUUUCUCCCUCACAGAGUGACAUCUUCAUCUUUUCAUGACUCUGUACCAGAGGAACGAAGUGGUCAUGUAGCUGUAGCACAUGGAAACUACAUGUAUGUCUUGGGUGGUUAUAAGAAUGCUGCAGUUCGAGGCUACCACGAUUUCUACUUGCCAAGAGAGGAGCUUUGGAUUUAUAACAUGGAAACUGGGCGAUGGAAGAAGAAAUACACAGAGGGUGACAUACCUCAGUCCAUGUCAGGGAGUUGUGCAGCUUCUGUAGAUGGAGUACUUUAUUUGUUUGGAGGACAUCAUGCACGAGGGAACACCAAUGAGUUCUACAUGUUAAACCUAAGACCCAAAGACAAAAUAUUAUGUUGGGAGAAAAUUAAAGAGUUCAGGGGUGUACCACCAACACCCAAGGACAAGCUUGGCUACUGGGUGUACAACAACAAGCUGAUUUUCUUUGGUGGAUAUGGAUACGCACCUCGAGGACAAUAUCAUGGGACCUUUGAAUUUGAUGAGUCGUCAUUUUGGAACGCUAGUCACCCAAGAGGCUGGAACAAUCAUGUCCAUUUCAUUGAUCUGGAAACCUUCACAUGGAACCAGCCCAUUACAAAGGGAAAGCCCCCUACACCUAGGGCAGCUCAUGCUUGUGCUACAAUUGGAAACCGAGGCUAUGUGUUUGGAGGAAGGUAUCAGGAUGCCCGGACAAAUGAUCUCUAUUUCCUUGAUCUGGACACGUGGGAAUGGAAUGAAGUGGCACAAUCACCCGAUCAAAUUCCUACUGGCCGCUCUUGGCACUCACUCACUCCGGUCUCAACCGACCAUCUUUUCCUGUUUGGAGGUUUCACCACUGACAAGCACCCGUUAAGUGAUGCCUGGAUUUACAGUGUGAGCAGAAAUGAAUGGCUAAGAGUAGAUCACAGUUAUGCUGAUAGACCAAGGCUCUGGCAUUCUGCUUGCACCAGUGAUGAGGGGGAAGUGGUUGUGUUCGGUGGUUGUGCUAACAAUCUAUUGGCUCAUCACCAAGCUGCUCACAGCAACGACAUCCUUAUUUUUUCAGUUCAACCAAAGUCGCUUGUGAGACUUUGCCUGGAGGCAGUGAUCCACUUCAAAGAAAUGUUAGCUAACGUGUGGGACUGUCUUCCAAAACAUUUGCUUUUGAGUGUCAAUCAACGAGCUGGAAGCAGCAACACAUCUGGAUCAUGAGUUAUGCUAAUUCACUUAUACUUACAAUAAUAGAGUCCUAGAGCAUGAUUUAGCUACUCUUAGUUGUAGCUGGUCAGAAACUGUGUAGUUGUCGCAAACUGGUGGCUUAAGGAGCAGAUAAGCAUGACUUGAUUUUAUUUUGUACAUAGGUAUCUGCAUUUUUGCAGGUUGUUACAAUUUAUUUUUGGUAGAAUACUUUUUUCCUUUGGAACGUGAUGUUAUGUGGAUGUAUGUACAUAAAUCUUAGAAUAUUUGAUGGUUUCCAAUAAAUGUAAAGC